GACUGGAAGGGGCUCUAAGGUCUCCCCAGUGCCUUCUCUUCUCCCGGCUGAACAACCCCAACUCUCUCAUCCUGUCCUCACAGCGGAGUGCCUCCAAUCCUUGGAGCAUCUCUGUGGCCUGCUCUGGCCCUGCUCCAACAGGUCCAUGUCCCUCUGAUGUUGGUGGUCCCAGAGCUGGGGUCUUCCCAGAGUGGAGCAGAGGGAAUCUGCGGAGCGGAGCGGAAUCCACCCCACCCGCACCCCCUGCCGGCCACGCUGCUGGGGAUGCAGCCCAGGAUGCAGGGGCCUUUCUGGGCUGCGAGCGCACAUUGCUGGCUCAUGUCCAGUUUUUCACUCCCCAGCACCCCUAAGCCCUUCUCCUCAGAGCUGCUCUCUUAUCCCUUCAGCCCCAGACUGUGCUGAUAGUGAGGGUUGCCCUGACCCAUGUGCAGGAGACUGCACUUGGCCUUGUGGAACCUCAUGAGGUUCACAGGGGCUCACUUCUUGAGCCUGUCCAGGUCCCUCCUGGAUGGCAUCCCAUCCCUCAGGCAUGUUAACUGCACCACUCAGCUUGGUGUCAUCCACAAACUUGCUGAGGGUGCACUCAUCCCACUGUCUAUGUCAUUGAUGAAGAUAUUGAACCGUACCGGUCCCAGGAUGGCCCUGUGUAUUUCCUUCUUGCCCUUUAGUUUGACCAGCAGGUCUCGACUCAACCAUGCUGGUCUCUUGCCCUCCAUUCCUGAUUCUUACAUCUGGGGAUUGAGAUCUGCCAGCUCUGUUCUGCUCCUUUGCCCCUGAGGGCAGUUUCCCAGAGCGUCUGUUGACUGACUCCCGGAAUUCCUGAGCUGGAAUUUUGCUUUCAUGAAAGUCAGGGUCCUGACUUAACUCUUAGGACUGUGAACUCCACCAGUGCAUGAUCACUGCAGCCCAGGCUGCUUCCAAUCUUGACAUCACCAAUUAGCUUACUUGCGUUGGUGACCAUCAGGUCCAGUGUCGCAUCUCCUGUGGUGGGGGUGUCUAUCGCCAGCCUGAAGAAGUUAUCCUCGAUACACUCCAGAAGUCUCCUGAAUUGCCUGAGGGCCCUUACUGGUACCCCGUCCCUCUAACCUUGGCAUGUUGUUCCACAGCUUGUCACGGGCGAGCCUGAUAUUAUCCCCCUCCCCUUUCAAGCCUAGUUUAAAGCUCUGUCAAUGAGCCCCACUAGCUCAUGAGAAGGAGACCCUCUUCCCCCUUUCAGAAAGGCGAAGCCUAACUGAUGCCAGCAUGCCUGGCACCAUGCAGGCCGUCCCAUUAUUGAAAAAUCCCAAAUUGUGGCAGUAAUACCAGCCACGGAGCGACAUAUUAAUAGUCUGGAUCUGACUUUCUUUCAAUGUUGUUGUCCAUCAACACCAGCAUUGGAAGAAAUAGGAAAACCCAGUCUGUCCUGAGAGGAAAAACUAACCUGUGCUCUAGAUUCCCUUACCAACUGUCCCGAAGCCCAGAAGUCUCUUUUGAUCCCCCUUGGACUAUGCAUUGUGGCUGCUUCGCCACCCACAUGGAGGAGCAGUGGUGGGUAAUAGUCCAAGGGCUAUAUCGAACUAGGAAGUUUCCUAGUGGUAGCCUUAAUGCAGGCUCCAGGGAGGCAGCAGACUUUGAGAGGAGGGUCUGGCUGCCAUAUUGGACCCUCUGUUCCCUUCAGAAGGGAGCUGCCUACAACUAUAACCUGUCGUCUUCUUUGUGGAGGUGGUUGUGGUACAGGCGUCAGCCUCUCUGACCUUGGCAGCACCUCUGGUGAAUAUGCACUGUCAUCCACAUCAACAUCCAUGCAGUGCCCUUCCACAUCCAGAGCUGUAUACCUGUUGGACACAGGCACCUGGGAAGGUGAGGUGGGCAAGGAGGGGGUUCACCUGCCACUCUGAGUGUGGACUUGCCUCUAUUCCCUCCUCUCUUUUAAACUGCUGUCUUCAGCCUGCGUGGGGAGGAGGAUGCAGGACCCUCUUGAUCUUGGUUUUUUCCUGGUGGCUGUUCCCGUUUCCGUCUCAGGGAGGGCAGAACAUGGUUCUACCAGUCUAUCUCUGAGGAGCUGAUGCUCCUCAGACUUUCUACUUCCUCCUGUACCUCUGCCACCAGACUGAGCAGAUCCUCCCCCUGGUCACACCUCACAUGACUGUUCCAGCAGCUGUCAUCUGUCACCAGUGACAGGCUCUGGCACUCCCUGCAGGCUGAGACCUGGGUGGCUGCAUGUUUUCAUGGGAGCUCUGUCUGGAUUGCCACAUGCAUUCUGGCGAGUGCUGGGGACAUGGCUUUCUGCCUGGUGGGUACCACAGUUGACCUCCUGAGACGGUGACGGCCACCGACUGAGCUCAACCCUGGAGCUGGUAGGGUCACUGUCCCCUUCCCAUGUGCGCUGCCACGCUGUACUCUGGUUGCCUGCUCCAGUCACCAUGCUCCUGCUCGUUCCCCGGGAUGCUUUUAUGGGCAUGGAGGAGGCUGUGGCUCUGUGGGCCAAGACCUGCUGCUUUGCUGCGCAUCAGGCCAGCUCCGGAGCAGUUCCCCUUGGUGUGUUUUGUGAUCUUGUAGCCGGUUUAAGCUCCUGUGUUGUCUCAGAGCCACUUCCUGAGGUGGCCGAUACUCUGUAAUUGUUUCCCGCUGAUCCUUCCACACCUGGAGAGCCCUGUCCGGGCAGAGGGGGCUGUAGCCCCUGCUCCACUUCUCCCUUCCUCCAGAGAAACCUGGGAGGGAGCUGGUUCGGGAGCCAGCGGGGCUCUGGCCGUGUUUGGGCCUCAAACCAGGACAGCUCCUCCGGCGAGGGGUGCGUUUUUAAUGACCGUUGUUACAUUUUUAAAGAUAAUCCACCCCACGACCUGCGGCCGGUGGGGACCCCCAAUAAAACGUCUCCUAUGGCGAGUGUGUGUGGACUACAGCUCCCGGCGUGCCUCGGCGGCGCGGCGCCUCCCGGCGUGCCCCGCGGCCGGAAGUGUCCGCCGUGGCGUGCCCCGGGCGGCCCGGCCCGGCGUGGCGGCUCUGAUGGCGGUGGCGGCAGCGACCCCGCCAGUCUAUGUGUAUAGCGCGGAGUACGUGGCUCUCUGCGACUCCCUCUGCAAAGUGCCCAAGCGGGCCAGUAUGGUACACUCGUUGAUUGAAGCAUAUUCCUUACUCGACCAGAUGAAGAUAGUCAAGCCAAAAGUGGCCUCCAUGGAGGAGAUGGCAAGCUUCCACACGGACGCCUACCUGCAGCAUCUGCAGAAGGUCAGUGAGGAGGGAGAUGACGACCAUCCGGAGUCAGUGGAGUAUGGACUGGGUUAUGACUGUCCGGCUACGGAAGGGAUCUUUGAGUACGCAGCAGCCGUGGGAGGAGCCACCAUCACUGCAGCCCAGUGCCUGCUGGACGGCAAGUGCAAGGUAGCGAUUAACUGGCCUGGAGGGUGGCAUCAUGCAAAGAAAGAUGAAGCUUCUGGCUUCUGUUACCUGAACGAUGCUGUCUUGGGGAUCCUGCGGCUGCGCCAGAAAUUUGACCGUGUCCUUUAUAUUGAUUUGGAUUUGCAUCAUGGGGAUGGAGUUGAAGAUGCCUUUAGUUUCACCUCUAAAGUCAUGACUGUUUCUCUGCACAAGUUUUCACCAGGAUUUUUCCCAGGCACAGGUGAUGUGACAGAUGUUGGCCUGGGGAAAGGUCGCUAUUACAGCGUGAAUGUACCUAUUCAAGAUGGCAUUCAGGAUGAGAAAUAUUACCAGAUCUGUGAAACCGUGCUGAAGGAGGUGUAUGCCGCCUUCAAUCCAGACGCGGUUGUGCUGCAGCUGGGGGCAGACACCAUCGCCGGAGACCCUAUGUGCUCUUUCAACAUGACGCCGGAGGGAGUGGGCAAGUGUCUGAAGUACGUCCUGCAGUGGCAGCUGGCGACUCUCAUCCUGGGAGGAGGAGGCUACAACCUUGCCAACACAGCUCGCUGCUGGACAUACUUGACUGGGGUCAUCCUUGGGAGAACGCUGUCCUCCGAGAUCCCUGAUCAUGAGUUCUUCACAGAGUACGGUCCUGAUUAUGUGCUGGAGAUCACACCGAGCUGCAGACCAGAUCGCAAUGAGCCACAGAGAAUUCAAGAAAUUCUAAACUCCAUCAAAGGGAAUCUGAAGCACGUUGUUUAGCAGAGAAGGAAGGCUCAGGUUUCCGCAAGAGCAUUUCCUGUGGGGAAGACAGCGUGUUUAUGUGAGCAGCUGGUGAAAUUUGUGGCUGCCGGAGAAAUUUGGAAGAAAUUACUGUUGAUUGGUUCAUUAUUUUCUCUUUAAAGAAGAAAAGCUGCUGUGCACCACGAGCAGCGUGACUCUCCCCAGGCAGGAGUGUGGGCUCUCCAGCCACAGUCUUACAGGGUUGGCAGAGCCUCCUUUCUCUGUCCUUUUUAACACCACAGAGUUUAGUCUCACAACUGUUUUUUAAUGUUUUUUAAGAGAGGAGCUGAUCAGAGCUGAGACUGCUCCCCAGCUGGAGCCCUGUGCCCAGUUGCCUUCUGUCAGGAGCAUGGCCCCUGGGGCAGGGGCUGUGCCUCUUACUCACAGAAAGGCUCAGGCACUGUGUUUUUUUCACUGGGAUUUUUUUUUUUUUUUUAAUAAAGUAUUUGAAAUACUCCUUCAGCCCUUUCCUUUCUUCCUGCACCCAUCCUGCCUUGCCAAUGCUCUUUUUCCACAGCAGUUCACGUGUUCAGUGGAUGUCCAGCCAGUGCUGGAAAGCAAAGAUCUGCUGUCCCUUCCAGCUCCAUCACUUAAGGCAGCACAACCCCCCCCAGGUAAUGGGUGGGCUCCUGAAAUGCUGUGUGGAGGGGCCAGAGCCCAGGACUCUCCAGAGUGUCAAGGGAGAUGUAGGGCAGGUUGGCAGCUCCUGUCACAGGAGAUCUUGGAUGAACUUCUGGCUGCCCCAUGGAGCUUCCACUCAGUGUCUCGGGAAGGGGACAGGUACGGAGUUAUCUGGGGCAGAUCCCUCCUGGUACCUCUGGCUGUGGAGCCUGGCCUCUCUGCCCUUGUCUCCUCUUUCAUCUGGUCCGUGGAGCUUCUAUUUGUGCCAUUUCUUUUUAACGAUGUCCAGGCACUGUGGGAAAGCAUAUCUCGUAUUGCUUUAAUUG